GCGGACACUCACAUUGUCCUCCAGAAACCUGAGGUAUUCUCUCCCAAAGGAGCCGUCAGGCAGGGAGGCCAUCUUGCUCAGAUCAAGCGUAGACAGACGGAUCCUGGGCCUUUCUCUGCAAUAACCAAUCAGUAACAAGAAAUUGUACCAGAUUGAUGGAGAAGAAUGGCCCGAAUUUCGCUGGACUGUCCCAACUCUUUUCCAGGGAUACCCCUCAGUGUGCUGACGGUGCCCAUGGAGAAUAAAUACAAAUGUCAGCAGUGUCACCUGGUCCUAAGGAAGCCUGUCCAGGCUCAGUGUGGCCACCGCUUCUGUGUACACUGCUUCAAGCAGCUCACCAGUUCUGGGCCAAAGCCAUGUGAAGCCUGUCGACAAGAAGAGAUCUAUGAAGAACCUAUUUCCAUUCUAAAUAGUAACGAGGUAUUUCCAGACAAUGCAGCUGGACGGGAAAUAGCAAGUCUGCCUGCUAGAUGUCUGAACGAAGGCUGCAGUUGGACAGGCUCGAUAAAAGAGUAUGAGGCUCAGCAUGAAGGUCGCUGUGAAUUCGAGCGGGUGAAGUGUGACGCCUGCCAAAACUCGAUCCUUCGUACAGAGCUGUACAGACAUAUUGAGAGGGAGUGUGAAGCGAGAACGCUCAACUGUAAAUACUGCAAAAUGACAUUCAACUUUAAAGACAUCAAGGCCCAUGAUGCGAUCUGUCUGAAGUUCCCCUUACAAUGCAAGGACUGUGGGAAGAAGAAGAUCCCAAGGGAAAAGUUCAAUGACCACAGCAAGUCCUGUGCUAAGUCAAAGAGUGCAUGUCCGUUCAGUGAAGUGGGCUGUAAAUCUGUGAUAGAGAACGGGAAGCUCGCCGACCAUGAGCAGAUCAGCACCAUGGAGCACUUGCGUCUGCUGCUGCCCAUGGUGCUGUCCAUGGUUCGGACACGUGCUGAUGCUUCUGGUCCCGGGGAGUGGCAAGAGGACUCUGGUCUGGGCCUGUACAGGGCUCCUGAGGAGGGAGUCAAUACGGGCACUGGAGCUGCAGCCUCUGGGCAGUCUGUGGACUUGGAAAAGAAGGUAAACGCUUUAGAAAACAUUGUGUGUGUCCUGAACCGAGAGGUGGAGCGCAGUUCGAUUACGUUGGAAGCUUUCUCGCAUCAACAUCGUUUAGACCAGGAAAAAAUCGAAAACCUCUCCAAUAAAGUCCAUCAGCUAGAGCGGACAGUGACCAUGAAAGACUUGCAGCUGUCUGAAACUGAACAGCUGUUGCGAGAACUCCAAUUCUGCACCUACGAUGGAAUAUUUGUGUGGAAAAUCUCUGACUUCACACGCCGCAGACAGGACGCUGUGGCCGGUCGUUCACCUGCGAUGUUCUCCCCAGCGUUUUACUCCAGCAAAUAUGGAUACAAAAUGUGCCUGAGACUGUAUUUGAACGGCGACGGGACAGGCCGUGGAACACAUCUUUCACUGUUCUUUGUGGUCAUGAGGGGAAAGUGCGACGCACUGCUCAAAUGGCCAUUCAGUCAGAAGGUGACCCUGAUGCUCUUGGAUCAGAACAACAGGGAGCACAUUAUUGAUGCUUUCCGCCCUGAUGUCACAUCCACCUCCUUUCAGCAGCCAAUCAGUGAGAUGAACAUCGCCAGUGGAUGCCCGCUCUUCUGUCCGCUGGCGAAACUGGCUGGCAAAAGCCCAUAUCUGAGAGAUGAUACGAUUUUCAUCAAAGCGAUUGUCGACCUCACAGGCUUAUAGGGUGUGCACUGUGGAAGCUGCACCAAAGCACCAAAAUCCAAGAAAACUUACUGAUAAUUAAUAAUUAUAAUUUAUAAUAACGAUAGCAAUAUAUCUAUAUGAUAAUAUUUAUUAUACAUAUCUACACUAUACAUCAAAAUAUCCCCCAGAUGUUCUUGGGAGUGUCACAUUGAGUGAUAUACAAGGGUGUCUAAAAUAACAUAACAUGGUGGAUUUUUAAUGGUUGGUGGUCAUCCAUCUUUAGUGAAUAAAUUAAUCUGACUUAUAGGAGCCAGUGGACAGCGGCGCUGCCAUACCUGUGCUUUAUAUAAGUGUAGCCAUUUCUGUUAUUUUGUUAGAGACUUGUAUGUGCAGUACCUUGAUCACAUCUGCAGAAAUGUAACGCUGUCAACAGUAGAGCUCUGAGUUUUACUAACAUUAAGAGAUGCGGAGUUAAAUAUGUCUCUCACGACAUAAGAGGUCUUCAAUCAUCUGUCAUCUUAAUGUGACACCCUCUUGAAAUGACUAAAGAACAAAUAUUUUUUAACAAAUAUCUUUAUAUUUACAUAUAUACACACACACACACAGUGUAUACUAUAAUAAUUAUAGUACUCCAGAGUUUACGUUGUGUGGUUCUUGACAUCUAGCAGUACUCAACUGUAGAGCAUGCUUGCUGCUGUAUGUAAGCAGCUGUAAUCCUGUGCCUGUGCUUAUAUAGACCACCGAUACGAGACUGGAGUUUAGCUUUUAGCAAAAGAAUAGUAACUUACUACUGUUAACAAAGAAGAAGAAAACAAAAAAAAACAAACAAAAAAAAAAACUUAACUUCCUGCUCAACUCAGUCCUACAAGUACCUAGAAACCCUGGCAACUGAUAAUCACUCUAUAUUGUAACCACCACCAUAUAUUCCAAUAAUUAUACAUUAUUUGCAGUUGUGUUUUGUUUUAAUAGGAGUAAUUUGGUGUAGCUUUUGAUUAAAAGUGGAUAAUCCUAUAUAUCAUAAUCAAACAAAAUUUUUAGGCGUGUAAUUUGCCAAUUCAUAUUAAUUAAUUAAUUAUAUUAAAUGUAUUGUCUUCGACCAUUAACUGUGUUUCAUUCACCUUGAUUAACUUCAACUGUGUGAGUUUUCAUUAUAAUAAAGUGCUGGAUAUUUCAUCAACUUUGAGUUUAGAGUUUUUGUAUGUAAAUCAAUAGGUUUUCAUGUAGUUAGUCAACAGAAAGUUAAUUUUCCCCCAAGUGUAAGAUAGAAACUGGUAGUCUGACACAUUGUUUGUGGUAUUGUAGAAAGGUUUUGGCAGGUCAUAGGGAAGGAAAUUAAUAAGAUUUUGUCUAUCAACAGUAAUAAUAACCCUUUAUAUCUGCUACUUGGUUUAUCUGAUAUAUCCAUCACUGACAAAUUUAAAAGAAAACUUUAUCAGACACUUGCUUUCUGUGCUAGAAAGAGUAUUAUUUUGAAUUGGAUCACAGAUGAAGUUUCAUAUAAGGCUCAGUGGCAAAGGGUGUUAUAAAAAAUUGUAAAAAAAAAGUGUGUGUUCCUGUUUAUUGCAUGUCUUGAGGGCACCUCCCUUUAUUAAUGUUUUGCUGAGGUUGGCAGGGUAAGGUAAAGUUCAGGUUAAUGUAUAAAUAGAGAACAGAACAAGGGUCAGAGAAGUCAGAGAGGUGACAUACAGAUUGAGGAUAUGCUGAGAACUGAUUAAGGGAAAAGAAAAAUGUUUAGAUUCUAUAUAUGCAAAUUGCCUGUUAGACAGCCCAUUAUCGAUUGUAUAAAAACUGUCAAGGCUCCUCGAGGAGCCUUUUCUCUGUAACCCCUUUUGUGUGUUGCACUGUUAAACGCUUUUUCUUGUACAAGAAUAAUAAAUUCAACUUAAACCUUGA